AACGUCGCAUCCUUUCCCAUGGAUCAACAACAGUGUAAGAUGACGUUCGAGUCUUGGACAUACAAUGCCAAUCAACUCAAUAUCUCAAAUGGUGAACGAGGGGAAGAAUCCUUAUCUGAAUACAUUUCCAAUGCGGAAUGGGAACUGAUCUCAUUUACAAAGGACCGACAGGCCAAGUAUUUCGCAUGUUGCCUGGAGCCCUACAUUGUAUUGACGUACACAAUGUCCCUGAGACGGCGCCCAAUGUACUUCCUGAUGUAUCUCAUGAUGCCCUGCCUCAUCAUCACGUUGGUGGCUCUGCUGGGACUCCUGGUGCCGAACGAAUCUGGGGAGAAAAUAUCUAUUGGAAUCACUUCUCUUCUGGCAAUGAUAGCGUUGUUGCUGGUUAUUUCGACAUUUCUACCACCGACGUCACUUGCGAUUCCUCUAAUUGGUCGGUACUACGCGAUCAAUAUCUUCAUCGUGUCUCUGAGUAUUGGUCUGGCCGUGUUCACUCCUGAAUAUCCAUCACCGAGGGGCGACAGGACACAGACUCCCACGGCUUGUCAAAACUUUGUGCUUUAAUAUUCUUGCGAGGAUCCUCUUCAUCAAAAUAGACCUGCCAGAGUGUACUAACCAGAACAUGACCCUAAUCCCUGCUCAUGAUGAGGCUAUGGAUGCAGACAAACCAGCACCCACCAUGACGGAGGGACAGCCCGGUGGAGGGAAUAACGUGGUGGAUGUUCUCAACCGACUGCUCCACACAGUAGAGAAGGCCAUGGAUCUACACAAGAGGAGGAUCACAUCACAAGACAGCCUUGACGAGGCUACAUAUGAGUGGAAACAACUGGCUAUCGUUCUCGAACGCGUUCUGACCAUCAUAUUUCUCGUUGUCACUGUUUGUGCCGCAUUUGUAAUGUUCUCAUAGACUCACUGGUAGCCUGGUGGUUAAAGUGCUUGUUAGGCAGAUCGUACACUUAGCUACUGUCUUAUAAGGGUAGUACCAGGAGUUAGCCUUGUG